AUGUCCAAUGAAAAGACAUUGCUAAGUGGUGACAGAUUUAUCCCAACAUCAUCAUCCAUACUGGCUUACAAGGUAUGGUCAGGAGGAGAGCCGAAAUGUCCAAAUAUACACUGCAACAACAAUGAAGUGAACCUUUCCAUUCGCAACGACUCAUUUGUAUCUACAGUUAUACAAUCACCAACCAAUUUGUCACUGUCCCCAAGAUCAAACACCAGCUCAAGUUCAACAGGCAGUUCCAGCAGUCCAAGGACAAGUCUAGUCCCCAAUGAUCUCCAUCAAGAAAUAGUUGCAAAGGCUUUGAAUUUCAACUAUUGCUCAAAGGUGUUCAAGUUUAAUAAUUCAUACACUCAUCAGUCACUGAGACAUCAGAGUAUUCACCAAUCGGACCCCAUUGAGAGAAUAAUAAACAAAUCAGCAACCAGAAAACCAAAGUACAAAGUGAAAUCAAUAAUGGCCUCUGAUAUCUUGCAAGCACCAGGAUUGAGAAACGAUUAUUAUUCAAAUUUAAUUAGUUGGUCACCAAAGACCAAUAGGGUUAUUGUUGGUUUAGCAUCAAGAAUGUACAUGUGGGGAGCAGAUAGCCAUGUUGUCCAAAUUAAUUACGAAAACGAUGAUUUGAUCACUGCAGUUAGUUGUUCACAAGAAUAUUGGGUCUUGGUGGCCACGGCAAAUGGCAAGAUUUUACUAAUUGAUCAAAGAGAGGAAGUAAACGGAGUUGCUGGCGAAUUUAACGUCCCUGAAAGCAAAUGUAUUUUCUGUUUCACUUGGUUUGACAAUUCGGAACAUUUCCUAGCAGGAGAUGAUGGUGGUGAGGUAUACGUUAUGAGAAUUAAGCAGUCGUCGAACCUUGAACUUGAGAUAGUAAAGACGUUUAGGGCCCAUCAGCAACAAAUUUGUGGAAUUGCAUUAAACUCAACCAAUGAUGAAGUUGCCGUGGGGGCAAACGAUAACUGUUGCUCACUUUGGAGCUUACCUGACUUCCAGUCACCACAAUUGAAAUUUGUGUUACCACAUAAGGCAGCUAUAAAAGCAUUGAGCUUUUGCCCCUGGACUACUUCUUUGCUAGCAACUGGAGGAGGCAGUAAAGACCGUAAGAUUAGGUUUUGGCACACAACAAGCGGGACAUUAUUAAAAGAGUUUUACACUGAUGGUCAGAUUACGUCAUUAAUUUGGUCCAAAUAUAAAAAAGAGAUUGUGGCCACAUUUGGCUUUGGCGGGUCGACAAAAUCAAACCUUAUGAGAGUUUACUCGUAUCCCGAGAUGAAUCCAGUGUUAGAGGUGAAUGCCACAAGCAAUUUGCGUAUCCUAAGUGCCACAACCAGUCCCGAUUUCUGUUCUGUUUGUGUAGCCACCAAUGAUUCAACAAUAAGAAUAUAUCAUCUAUGGGACAGGGCUGUUGAGAUUUCGCCAGCAUCGAAUUCAAGAAUUAUUGGAGCCUACGGAAGCGAUAUUAUUGAGCUUGCGGAAGGUAUCAGCAUAGAUUGUCUUGGUAUAAGAUAA